GUGGACUCAAGCGCCCGUCGUACUUUUAGUCCCGUACAAGCUCGAGGGAGCAAGAGACGCUGAGCGCACAGGCAGACGGUCGCUUUCGCCAUUGACGACACGCGGAGAGCGGGACGGCGAAAACAGCACACGUGGCGGUGUUGUGUCCGAUCCUCGCCGCAUUGGUUCGGGCUCAAACCCACCACCUUUCCCUCGUAUCUCGUCCAAUCGAGGAUGUCGGCGUUGUUCAAACGCACAGCACCCUCCUCCUCAAUGAAAAAGCAGCAGUUUCUGUUGCCAGUCCCAGGAGAUAGCGUCGACGAAGUGUUCGACGGAACUACGUCCUACAGCAGCGCAGCCUCGACCGCACGCACCAGCAUCAGCUCGAGCGGCAGCGGCUUCUUGGAUCCCUCGAGCGCAUUCCCAUCCAUAGAUAGCAGCAGGAGCGAAAAGGGUGGCAGCUCCAGUGGAAGCAGAAGCCCCAGAGCGUUCGCAAGUCGCAUGCUCAGUAGGCAGUCCAGUCGACAGUCGGUCCGGGGCGCUGCGUCCGACCAAGCAAGCGCAGGCAUGGCUGCUGGAGACGCCACACCCUGCACCAGCGCGAGUGGUGGCAAUGGCGGGGAUGAGAACGAGUACUUUUUAGGAACGUCGCUCAAUUCUGCUUUGCAAAGCUUAUCCGUGGAUGCGCAGCUGAAUAGCAGCAACGUCCGCUCGCCAUUACGCAACUGCACCGAUGCGCCUUCGUCCUCUUUGCCAGCACCUGCCUGUGCAAGCAAAGCGGCGCGUUCGCCAGGAAAUGCGCUACCUUCAGGGUCUCAAUGUGUCAGGCCUGGCUGGCGUGCGAUGCCAGGUCACGUCGGCAAUCUAACCGCAGCGCAAGAGAAGACGCUCGUGGCAUUCGCGCAAACGUUGCAAGCCGCAGGACUGCUGCAUCCUUUCCCCACUCCCGAGGACCCCAUCGAUCUGGCCGCCCUCUCUCAGCCAUUACACAGCGCAACGCACGAUCGAGGCACAUCGAGCGACACUGCCACGGAUACUGUGUCUCUCCAGCGCAUCCACCUGCUGCGCUGGCUGCGAGCCCGCAACUGGGAUCUCGACGCAGCCAAGGAAAUGUAUGCUAAGGCGCACAAUUGGAAGUUCGACAAGGCUGGCCUCGACCUCGAGCGCAAGCUUGCGCAGGGAUGGGUGUUCGAACAGGAAGAGGAUGUCGCCGCGAACGGCUGGCGCAUGUACUUCCACAAGACCGACAAGCUCGGCCGUCCGAUCUUCAUCCAGGACCUGAGCAACAUCAACACGUCCACAAUCUUCUCUAUCGUGACGCCCGAACAGAUUAUCGAAAAGUUCGCCGUCACGCUCGAAGGCGCCAUGCGCUAUCGCUACUUUGAAUGCAGCAAGGCAGCCGGGCGCGUCGUGGAGGACAACUUUAUGAUCCUCAACGUCGAAGGCUUGGGGUUGUCCACGUUCUGGACGAUGAAGAACCAAUUGCAGGAGCUCAUCUCCAUUCUCGACAACAAUUUUCCCGAGCUGAGUGGGCGUGUGCAAAUCAUCAAUGCCCCCUGGGUCUUCGCCACCAUCUUUGGCUACAUUAAGGGUUGGCUCCCGCCAGCCACGCGUGAAAAGGUCGACAUCAAAGGUGCCGACUAUCGCGAGACGCUCCUCGAGUUCAUCCGCGAGGAGGACCUGCCGAAAUCGAUGUUCGGAAAAUGCACCUGCGUCGGAGGUAAUGACGCCAACGGUGAUAGUGCCAGCAACUGCACCACCCCACCCAACUCGGCAGCCACCAUGACCAGCGACAAUGGCACCGGCACCGGCAGCUGCUUCCGGCGAGCAGUGUCGGCAGGAGCAUUUGCGAGCCACCAGUGCGGGAGAGCGGAUCCCGGUCCGUGGUCUAGCUCUUACACUGAAUUCCUUCUGGGACGGCGGGCGUCCCAGCAAGCUGAAAAGCUGCAGCGGCAAGCCGGGUCGCAGGACGAUGCAGGAAAGGCAGGUGAAGCAGAGCAGACAAGGACAUCAGUACCAACUUUAGGAGCGACCCCGACGACGGAAAACAAGGAGACGGGCGCUGGGCGCGACGAGACAGAACUGAAAGCUGCAGUCGAAGUGAAAGUCGACGCUGUGCGCGCUUGAAAGUUUUACACCGUGCGACCUUUGCGAUGCUUGAAACCACACAAAAGGUAGCUAGCUCAUCAUGGUAUUUCCUCAAGGCCUCCGUCGUCUCAGCUUGGAACGACCUCCUCAGGUUCGACCGGCAUAGCGCAGUGGACGACGGGGAACUUCUCCCAGAGGACGUCUCACGUUUCCGCAGCGCACCUGCCAAGUGGCAUCAGUCGAAGAGCAUUAGCCUUCCAUCAAGAGGCUCUCUAUGCCAGUGAAGCAUCUACUGAGAACGCUGAAGCCAUCAAUUGGGCUGCUCAGUGGUGGCCACCCUGAUGCAACCCGCCGAAUGAUAUUCCCCUUGGGAAAGAAUAUGAUCACUGUGCACCCUCAGCGAUAGACGCGCUCACUGUAAAUGCUUGUACGGAUGUUACACGUACGUGCAAUCAUAUCACUGUUGACGUGAGC